CCGGGACAAAAGGAAGACUGUCCACUGUGCUCCAAUGCGUUUCAUGCGCUGAGGUCGAGAUUCUCUUGAAGUUUUAUGUUUUUCCUCCUGCGAGUCUCUUUUCUUUUUACUGUUGGAUACCAGACACUCGGAGAGGAGAGGGUUUAUUAGAGACUGAAGGGUAUGAACGAACAGCAGCAAAGAAUGGCUGCAGUGGGAACUGACAAGGAACUCAACGACCUCCUGGAUUUCAGUGCGAUGUUCGCGCCUCCAGUAGCCAAUGGGAAGAACAGGACAAUGACACUUGCCAGCAGUCAGUUUGGCGGAUCAGCAAUAGACGAGCGUAGCAGCUCUGGGUCUUGGGGCCCGGCAGAACAGAACAGUUCCUCUUUCAGCCAAGGACGGGGAUAUGGCGAAGGAUCCCACUAUAGUGAGCAUGAAGGCUUGUCCUCUCCGUUCAUCAGUUCAGGAAUCGCAGGUAAAAAUGAGAGGCCACCGUACCCUCCCUUUGGAAGUCAGCCUGGUUUUCCUCCCAGUGACAUAGCGAUGCCUAGCCCAGAUGCCAUGUCUCCCUCUGGCCUUAAGCCUGGCUCCCAGUUUUACCAAUCAUACCCCAACAACCCCAGGAGAAGGCCGCCUGAGGGAGGCAUAGACACCCAGCCAAAGAAGAUUCGGAAACCCCCCGGCUUGCCAUCCUCGGUGUAUGCCUCCACAUCUGGUGAUGAGUACACCAGAGACAAUGGAGGAUAUCCUGGUGCUAAGCCUGGAGCUGUCUACCCUGGCUCCUUCUACAUGCAAGAAGACCCCUGGUCAUCUUCUGGCUACUCUGCCAUGCUGGGCAACUCUCCUCACAUUGGACAGCCUGGCUCCUUUUCCGCAAUUAACCCCCAGGACAGGAUGAAGCGUCACCCCCUGCCUCUGUCCCCACAGAACUAUCCUCUGCACGGCAGCGAAGUCAAUGGCUUCCAUUCGGCCCCCACCACUUACAACCACGCACCCGCCAUCAACGGAGAAGGCAUCAUGUCCAACCGAGGCACCACAGCUGGCAGUUCAGGAGAUGAGAUUGGGAAGGCUCUUGCCUCAAUUUAUCCAUCGGACCACAACAGUAAUAACUUCCCCUCAGCUCCGUCUACGCCUGGAUCCCCUCAGGCGAUUGCAGGAGCUCAGUCACAGUGGCAAAGACCAACCACACCCAACUAUGAUGGGCCACCACAUGCACUGCAGAACAAAAUGGAGGAUCGUCUUGAGGAGGCCAUUCAUGUACUCCGUAGCCAUGCUGUGGGCCCUGGCUUAGAGGGCGCCCACUCGGACAUGCACAACCUGCUGUCUUCAGUACACAACGGGGGCCUCGGAGGCCUCUCCCUAGCUUUUCCCAAUGCGAGUCUUGCUCUCAGCAACAGACAUCCUGCUAUGCAGGGGGGGAAGCAUGAGGAGCCCACAGGUCUUCCUCCCAGCAGCACUCUCCUGCACGGUCACCAUGCCUCUGGACCCACACCUUCAGCCGGUCAACCAGAAGGCUUCACCAGUCUCCCUGGUGGAAUGGCCCGCUCUACACACUCCUCCAGCAGCUCAGACAUCAAGAGAGAGGAGCGAGAAGACAGAGAUGAUGAUGAAAACUCUCUUUCAGACAAGUCUGACGAUGAAAGGAAGGACUCUAAGCUAGCACGUAUUCGGUCACGAAAGGAGGAGUUAGCCCUCCAGCUGCUCUCUAGCCUUGCAGAACAGAAAGAUGAUUCGUCUCUGUUUGACACCAGUCAGGACAAUGAAGAAGAUGAUGAGGACCUUCCCCCAGAGUUGAAGAUGGAGCGCGAGAAGGAACGGCGAGUGGCUAACAAUGCCCGCGAGCGUCUCAGAGUACGGGACAUCAAUGAGGCUUUCAAGGAGCUUGGGAGGAUGUGCCAGUUACACCUAAGCCAUGACAAACCUCAGACCAAACUUCUCAUACUGCACCAAGCCGUCAAUGUCAUCCUCAACCUAGAACAACAAGUCAGAGAGCGUAACCUUAACCCCAAGGCAGCAUGUUUAAAACGCCGCGAGGAGGAGAAGGUGUCUGGGGUGGUGGGUGAAGCAACGAUGCAGCUCUCAAGCGGCCAUCCUAGUAUGGGAGGAGAUGGACACAAUCCAGUUGGCCACAUGUAACACCAGAUCUGGUGCUGUUUCCUUGGCUGUCAGAGGAUGUGGCCUUAACAAUUUUCUUCCACCCAUUAUUCUCAGUGUGUGUUUAUGUGGACAUGUCUGUGUAUUGUCCGUUCAAGUUUCAAGAUGCACAUUCAAACACUCGUACACACAUGCAUACUGCCAAAACUGACACAGCCUGUUUGUCGCACUCCCAACCAUGACUACAAGCUCAAAUGUGAAGAACUUUUUUUUAGUUUUUGCUUUGUUUUAUACAUUUUCAGUUUUGUUCAAGUUUUGGAUUCCACACGAUGAUGGAACGCCGGAGUACUUUACGUCCUGCCACAAAUUUGGGACUUCACACACUGCCGAGAGGUGCUCUGGUGAAAGAAAGGAGACCUAAUCAAACACAAAUUAAAUCAAGGAUUUGUGCCUAAUUGUUACAUGUUUUCUAUUUGACAUUUAAGCAAAUUGCUUUACAUGAGGAACAUUUAUUGUAAGGGAUUGCUUAUGUGUAUGAGCAAUUAUUUUUAAUGUAUGUCAUUCCCAGCGUGAUGGUACAGUCUUACAUAUGUUAUGUAACCAAGCCUAUAGUUGAAGUUGAAUUGUCUAAAUUCUAUGACUUUUCCUUGAUGAAAUGUUUGAGUUGGGUUGUGAAUAGGUCGCGAGGAAAGGUCAAAGAUUUUACAUUUCAAACGCAGCUUUCAUGAAAGACGGGAACUUUGACCUAGAGACUGUCUCCGACUGGAGCCCAGUCUCGUCCCAAGAGGAGUCUGGAGACUUGGAAAUCGAGGAAUCCUUCCUUGUAGUUUAAGGAUUUUCCAAGCGAUGGAAUCUGUCAACUGCAAAACUGUUCUUCCUCUGUGUUGACCACAAAUUCUAGUAUUAACUCCAGUGGUUCCUUGUCAUAGGUUCAGGGUUUUGUAUUGCUUUAUGUACUAAAGCAGUCAUGGACGAGACAAAGCACAGUUGUAUAGGUUAAGUCUGGAAGUUGAGUCGUGCAUUUCGGUCCCUGAAAAGUCUUGUAUAAAAAGCCAUUUGAGACGAAGUGAUGAGCAGCGCUCCGUGCUGUUACUUUCUUGAAAUGGGUUACUGAGGAUGCCAGCAGACUUAACAGUUCCAAUUUUUACCCCUGAAUUGAUCUUCUGUAAAAAAAAAAAAAAAGACAAAAAAAUCUGGGUUCCUUUUGAUAGAGGGAUCUCAUCAGUGCGCAGUUGUUGAAGCAGACAAGUCUUUGUGUAACGAAGGCUUUCUUUUCCUAAACGAGCAUUCCCACUGAAUUACAGCCCUUCACCUUCCUCCUGAGUAAGUCUGUCCUCAAGGUUCUUACUGAGAGAAGUGUGACGUGUAAAUUCACCUCAUACAUUACUCUGAUAUGUUUCAUUUUUCAAAAUUAAAUAUAUAUAAAAAUAUAUAUUUUUUGUUAGUCUAUACAUUGUAGAUUUUUUUACAUAAAUGGCAAUAUUAGUUUGAAGUUUAGAGUGUAUUGUAGAUGAGCUGAAAAAGGGGAUAUUUGACAUUUAAAUAAAUAUGUUCAAAAAUUGAAUUCACAAUUGAACUGCAGAGGAAAAAGGGUCAACAGAUGAUGAAAGACAAAUGUUGAAAGCGUUUGGUAUAUACUUUAUUCCAGUUUUAGUUGUAAGGCAUAUCAUCAGCUACCCAGAUUAAUUCUUUCUUUCCAUGGGGGAGGGGCGGGCCGGGGAUUUAUGUGGACAGAGUUUUUGCUGCGACCUUGUUAAAGUGCGCUGACUUUAGCAGCGAGGUGCCGGGGAAAAAUGUGGGAAGGGGAAAUUUGUCUCAAACAGUAAUUAUGCAACUGGUUUUUGAAUGUAGCUACCAUACAAAUGUGGAUCGCCUUCAUUUUCAAAGUUGUGUUCCUUGGUUUUCUCAGUACAGUGUAAGAGUUUUUCGUUUCACUUUUUUUUUUUUUUUUUCAUUCUAAUGUCUGACCUAAACCAAGUGGCUCCGUGUGCAGCUCACAGUCUCUUUUUUUUAGUAUCCUGCACAUUUGUUUUGGAGGCAGAUGUCCGUAUUGGGUGUAAGGUAAUGAAUAAUAUGGAGAACAAAACAGUGUUAUUGUGAUAUUGAUCCCAUGUCAUGUCAUGUUGUGACUGGUUUCUACCAACAUGUAAUCACAAAUGGGAGGUAGAGCAUUUUGUGUGUUUUUAUUUCUACAAAAGAUGAAGAAAAAGACCUAUACAAGUCAAUAGUGUGGCCUUUUCAUUCUCAAGACUUAAGAUGUCAUGAUGGGAGAGUGAUACCUUAUCAGUGCCUGAACUUGUAUUUUCAUUUAAGACAGUUUUUAUUUUGUGAACCAUAUCAUUUCAUUUAUCAUGGAGAUUAAAGAGGUACUUGUUCAUUCCCCCACCCUCCCUUCUCCUAAUGCUUUUUUCAAUUUUCAGGAAGAAGUUUAAAUGGUAUAAAGAGAUUUUUCUUUCAGUGUAUCUAGUUAAAUAAAUAAAUGUUACAUAGAUCUUGUUUAGUUUUUAUUCCUCAUUUCUAAAUGUUCAACUGGAUGAUAUUGUCCACACUGCUGUUUUAGUGAAGGUCAUGGAUCCAGAUCCUGAGUUUCCUUUCUACCCGCCCUAUAUUUUUUAACAGUUGACAUAACGGGGUUCAAGAGAUGCUGCUUGUGGCUCUGGCUGUCUGCUUUUGAUGAACGUUGACAUGUUUCUGUGAAUGUGUUUCUUCAAUUUCAGUGUAGGGCGUUAGUUUUACUUUCCAUAGCAGCUGGAGUUGAUGAUUGGGAGCAUUUCUUAUUUUAUUUCUGUAAAACAUCAAGUAUAUUUCGUCUUCAAUGACAAUUUUCACCUCUGAUAUUUGACUCUUCCAGCUCUUGGUGGAUAUUGACAAUUACCUUUUUGUGAGAAGCUCUUAUCAUUUCUUUCAAAACGUUAUAUUUAAAGUUUUCUUUAGCCAUAAUCAUUAAUAUUACAAGAUCAAUAAAGUGUUCUGAAGUUUGUGGAUUUAUUCCAAGGGAAGAUCUGACUUGACGUCAUUCAGUAUUCUGUAAAACUUCCUAUUAGGCAGCAAGUUAAAUGCUAAAGAUGUAUCUUUCGGGGAAUCUUAUCAUUACUCUCCAGUCAUGACAAGACACAGAUAGCAGAAAAGCACCCCCGACCACUGCAGGAGCACUUAGUUAACACAAACCUAUAGUACGAUGGGAGGUGUUGCGUCCAUGUGCUGCGAUUUGGUUUAAUAUAAAAGCGCAGGGAUAAAACACUUGCUUCCUCCAACUUUUUGUCAUAUCUUUGUUGAACUGAAUUGAUGUGACUAUUGAGUGUUAAAUGCAUUCACUGGUACACAGCCCUACAUCAUGGGGAGUGAGGACACUGACACCUGCAGGGUCCUCACAGUGCUCACUCAAUUUCUUUCUUUUUUUAAUAUAUAUAAAUAUAUAUAGUUGAGAACUGUCUUGUAUAUAACAGUAAUGUAGCAAUAAAUGUGCCAUUUUUAAUAACAGAUUAUACCUUUUCCAAUGUCUGGCUUUUGAAUAUUGUAUACAUAAAAAGGAAAAUAAAGGAAAACAUUGUAAUAAAGGGA